AUGAAGGCCUUGGCGGUGUUGAUGUGCAUCGGCCUGUUGGCCGUGGCUACUCAUGGCAUGGGCCACAUUCCCACCCCCUUCGGAAUGAUGCCUGAGACUUGCGUCCACAGAGUGAGGAGCGGCGCCACAAUCCGCGAGGUCGAGGGCGGCGUCCACGUCGCUCAUCCUGAAGGAGACGUUCAUCUGCCUACGCGCCCCGAGUGCGUGGCGUGGCUGAAGGAGCGCAUGGCCGCGACCGAGGCCCGCCUGAGCCAGAGCAGCCAGCCCGCCGGUUCCGACGUCCCGACCGAGACCUUCCCGCCCUCCAACGGUUGGUUGGACUACGUCGGCUACUACCCGUCGCAGCUCGUGCACUACUUCUCAGGUCGCUACACCGUGCCUCAGACGCCCAAGAACAUGGGAGGCCUCCUCUACUGGUUCAUCGGCAGCGAGAACUUCCAGACCGGUAUUGGCGUGACCAUCCUGCAGCCCGUUUUGACGUACUACACGAACGGGUGGACCUUCUCCUCUUGGAACUGUUGCCCUCAAGGCCAGGCGCACCAAUCGACUCCGAUUUCGGGUUUUGGCCCGGGAGAUGUCUUGGACGGCGUCAUCGACCAGUCCGGCGAUAACUGGGUGGUCUACUCGAGCUUCGGAAGGCAGUCCACGCAGCUGACCGUGCCCGAUGCCGGGCGAAAGUUCAACUGGGUCGAUGUGACGCUGGAGACCUAUGACGUUACUGAUUGCGCCCAGUUUGCCUCUGGCCCCGUCUCCUUCUACGACAUGAAGCUCGUGUUGAGCGAUGGUUCCAGCGUGCCUCCCGUGUGGCAGCUCAACUCGCCCGCCAGCACCAAAUGCAACGGCACGCUGACCGUCAACAGCCCCUUCUCCGUCACCAUUCGGCACAACUGA